AUUGGAAUUUUCCUCUUUUCUUGAUCUUGCUUUACUCAUUCUUUUUUCUUCAAAACGAGUAGACCAAUUUUCCUCAAUGAAAAAGGGGUAAAGGUGGUGUCUUUUUUCUUCAACAAUGAGUCAAAGAAUCUAAUUAGUAAUUGGGUUUUAGUCUUAGCUCAAAUAGUAAUAAGGGGCUCAAUAUUUUGGGUUUUCUUGAUUUUGUGUGUUGUAGUUUUAACUAACUUGUUGGCUUUGACAAAGUGUUUCCCAUUUCAAAAGGUGGCAUUUUGGUAAGAGGGGUUGUGUCCUUUUGUUUUGUUGGUAUCAUUUUGAAAUCAAAGUUACCUACUUUUCACCUUCCUGCUUCAUUUCUAUGCAAUUAAGGUCCUUUUAGGAUUUUUUUGGGUUUUCUUGUAUUGAGGAAAUUGGUUAAAGAUUCUUGAAAACAGUACCAACUUUUCUGUUAUACAAAGAAUUUCCUGUGGAGCUUAAAUCUCCACAGGAAGGUGCUUUUUUUCUUCAAGAUCAUUUUUUUCUCUCCAGAUUUUAGCUCAAGAUUAGGACUUUGUUGCUCUUUUACUAGUUUUUUCUAUUUUUUUCUGGGGUUUCAUUUUUGCUUAGUGUACAGAAGAAAAUCUAGGAAAGAACUUAACUGUGAGAAGAAUAGUUUGAUGAAUUUUAAUUUAAUUGAAAAUUUGGGGACUUGGGUCAAAAGGGUAUGCUAGAUCUUUAGGCAUGUAUGUAGGUUAGAUCUAGACAUGUGACAGAUCAUUUUUAUUAUUUUAUAUUGGGGGCUUAUGUUAUCUGAGAAUACAUAGUAGAGAGUUAGAGCCAAUGAGAUCUUAUUCUAGGAACUUGGGCAUUAGUCUACAGGUUGUUCUGCUCUCAUCUUAAUUCAGUUCAAGAUUGCUUUGUGAAUGGACUGACAAGGGAUUAAGAUGUUGGGAAUGUUAAAAGGGUUGUGUUUGGGACUGUUGAUUUCUUUGGUUAUUAUAUCUGUUUCAGCUAAUGAUAAUGAACUCUUUGGUUGCUGUGAUGAAGAUGGUUUUUGGAGCAUAAGCACCAUCUUAGAGUGCCAAAAAGUGAGUGACUUCUUUAUUGCUGUUGCUUACUUUUCAAUCCCUCUUGAGUUGCUUUACUUCAUUAGCCGCUCCAAUCUUCCUUUUAAAUGGGUUCUUGUCGAAUUCGUGUUGUUUAUAGUGCUUUGUGGAUUGACACAUUUGCUCAAUGGAUGGACUUAUGGUCCUCAUCCUUCAUUCCAAUUGAUAUUGUCCCUAACAGUUGCCAAAAUCCUUACCGCCCUUGUCUCUUGUGCAACUGCAAUCACCCUUUUGACUCUGUUCCCUCUUCUCCUUAAGAUAAAGGUAAGAGAAUUGUUCUUGGCACAGAAUGUUUUAGAGCUAGAUCAAGAGGUUGGUAUUAUGAAGAAACAAACUGAGGCAAGCAUGCACGUCCGUAUGUUGACGCAAGAAAUUAGGAAGUCACUUGAUAAGCACACAAUAUUGUACACUACUCUGGUUGAACUUUCGAAAACAUUGAAGCUGCAGAAUUGUGCAGUUUGGAUGCCAAAUGAAAGUAGGUCACAAAUGAACUUGACACAUGAGUUAAGCCCUAGUUCUGCAGCAGAAUCUCAUCGUUCGCUCCCAAUUAAUGAUCCGGAUGUGUUAGAGAUAACAAAGAACAAGGGGGUAAGGAUACUGAGGCAAGAUUCGGUUCUUGCAGUCUCGAGCAGUGGAGGAUCUGGUGAACCAUGUGCUGUUGCAGCAAUUCGGAUGCCAUUGCUUCGUGCUUCGGACUUCAAGGGUGGGACUCCGGAGUUGGUUGACACUCGUUACGCCAUUUUAGUUUUGGUUCUUUCAAGUGCUGAUGGUAGAGGCUGGAGCUAUAAUGAGAUGGAGAUAGUGGAAGUAGUUGCUGAUCAGGUGGCCGUGGCAUUAUCACAUGCCACUGUGCUCGAAGAGUCUCAGACAAUGAGGGAGAAAUUAGAAAUGAGGAAUCGUGUGCUGCAGAAGGCUAAAGAGAACGCUAUGAAGGCAAGCCAGGCGAGAGCUUCGUUUCAGAAGGUGAUGAACAAUGGGAUGAGGCGGCCGAUGCACUCAAUUUUGGGUUUGCUCUCCAUAUUUCAAGAUGAGAAAUCAAGCGCUGACCAGAAGAUUAUUGUUGAGACAAUGGUGAAAACAAGCACUGUUCUCUCGACGUUAAUAAAUGAUGCGAUGGAGAUAUCGGCCAAAGAUGACGGACGGUUCCCAGUAGAAAUGAGGCCGUUUCAGUUGCAUUUACUGGUCAGGGAGGCGUCUUGUCUUGUUAAGUGCUUGUGCGUUUACAAGGGCUUUGGGUUUUCUACGGAUGUUCCGACGUCUUUGCCUAAUCAGGUGAUGGGCGAUGAAAAGAGAACGUUUCAAGUUUUGCUGCAUAUGGUUGGACAUUUAUUAAACGUCAGCGUCGGAAAAGGCUCUGUUGUGUUCAGAGUGGUUAUAGAGACUGGAGCAGAUGGUGGGAAUGACAAAGUUUGGGGAACAAGAAGAGCAAACGUGACAGAUGAAUAUGUGACUAUAAAAUUUGAAAUUGAGGUUCGUCUUGAAGGCACUCAAUCAGAUAGUUCAAUCUCCACCAUUCACUUUGGUGGAAGUAGGCAUAAUAGCAAGGAGGUAACGGAGGGCUUGAGUUUCAGCAUGUGCAAAAAGCUUGUCCAGAUGAUGCAGGGAAAUAUAUGGAUGUCUUCGAACGCCCAGGGCCACGCACAAGGGAUGACUCUUAUCCUCAGAUUUCAAAAACAGUCGUCUUUUAGGAAACGCAUGUUUGAAUAUAGAAAUCCUUUGGAGCAACCGAUUUCCAGCACAAUGUUCAGAGGCCUAAAUGUACUCCUCACUGACGACGAUGAUGUAAAUAGACUGGUAACAAGAAAGCUGCUCGAAAAACUUGGUUGCCAAGUAACUGCUGUUUCAACUGGUUUUCAAUGCCUAAGUGCUCUAGGUCCUUCAUUAACAACCUUUCAAGUUGUCAUUUUGGAUCUUCAAAUGCCAGAAAUGGAUGGAUUUGAAGUGGCGUUGAGAGUGCGUAAAUUUCGCAGCCGUAGUUGGCCGUUGAUCAUAGCCUUAACUGCAAGUUCAGAGGAACAUGUAUGGGAAAGAUGCCUACAAGUUGGAAUGAAUGGUCUAAUAAGGAAACCUGUUCUCUUACAAGGCUUGGCUGAUGAACUACAAAGAGUCCUUCAACGGGGCGGUGUUGACGGCUUGUGAGGUAGUAGUAGUAGUACUACUAAUGGUGAAAACAAACCUCAAAAUGGUCCUGGAAAACAGCAGGAGCCAGAGAUCGGACAACGUUAAACAUACCAAUAUAUAUAGAGAGAGAGAGAGAUAGAGCAUUACAUUACAUCUUUGUUAGAUGAAACCAGCUUUUGUUCCUAACCAUGUAGUUUCCACUAUGUAACUAUAUAGGUCAGCUUGCAAAUUUUCAGUUCUUGGCUUUUAUGUUGAAGUGAAAGAUGUAAGAUGUAUGGGUUCCAUCAUUUUUUCCCCCAAGAAACAAUUACUGAUUUGAAGAGGACUUGUAACAUGAUCUCUUCUCAUCUUAAUUAAUCCAUGUCGCAGGCUUAUGCUUGAAAA